AUAUCUCUCUCUCAACUCUAUAGUGAAUCACCCAAUUUGCCCCUAUCACCAAUGGCUAAUUACUCGGAGGCCCACGUCUGCCAGUGCUUGAGCCGCCUCGCCACCGUCCGCCGCAGCUCCGCCGUGACCGUAUACGGUGAACGCCGGAAAACCGGGCUACAAUUUGUCGAAGGAGUUACAGGGCUGGCCGGUGGGCUUCUCCAGCUCGGGGUAAAGCCCGGAGACGUCGUCUCCAUCUCUGCACUCAACAGUGACUUGUAUUUGGAAUGGAUGCUUGCUAUUACUUAUGUUGGAGGAAUUGCAGCUCCACUGAACUAUCGAUGGAGCUUGGAAGAGGCUCGUUCGGCAAUGGAGUUAGUAAGACCCAUUUUAUUGGUAACGGAUUCAAGCAUUGGUUAUUGGCAUUCCAAGUUUCAGAUGGGUUCGGUUCCGUUUUUACGAUGGCACGUGUUGAUGGAUACUAAAGUUGAAGCUGAGAGUAUCGGUAAAAUUUUUGCCUCUGAAUUGGUUAAGGAGAUUGGUGGAGAAUUUGCUUCGGUUGAUUAUCGAUGGGCACCUGAAAGAGCCGCGAUUAUAUGCUUCACGUCAGGGACAACUGGGAAGCCGAAAGGAGUUACAAUAACACACUCGGCUCUCAUUGUGCAAUCCCUUGCGAAAGUUGCAAUUGUUCGUUAUGACGAGGAUGAUGUAUAUCUUCACACUGCUCCACUGUGCCACAUUGGUGGAAUAUCAUCAGCGAUGGCCGUUUUAAUGGCUGGGGGUUCUCAUGUUAUAUUACCAAAGUUCGAGGCUAACUUAGCAAUCGAAGCCAUUAAGAAACACAACGUGACUUCUUUGAUCACUGUACCGGCAAUGAUGGCCGAUUUAAUCUCUUUUAAUCGAUUAAACAGAUCAUCAAUAACUUACGAAUCGGUUAAGAAGAUUCUGAAUGGAGGUGGUGGCCUGUCGACCGAGCUCACUAAAGACGCAAUCGAAAUUUUUCCGAAUGCCACACUUUUAUCAGCUUAUGGGAUGACAGAGGCAUGUUCGUCUCUAACCUUCAUGACUCUUUUCGAUCCAAACAAAACCACCCAUCACAAAUACCUCUCGAGUUUUCAAGGAGGCAUUUGUGUAGGAAAAUCGGCUCCACAUGUCGAACUAAAAAUAAGCCCUGACAAAAAAUCUUCGAAAACCGGGAAAAUACUGACGAAGGGUCCACAUGUAAUGCUCGGUUAUUGGGGCCAAAGCCCGUCGAAAUCCAAUCAUUCGAAACCGGGCCUCGAAGGUUGGCUCGAUACUGGAGACAUAGGACAGAUAGACGAGCACGGUAAUCUAUGGCUUGUCGGACGAGCAAAGGAUAGAAUCAAGAGUGGCGGGGAGAACGUUUAUCCUGAAGAGGUCGAGUGUGUCCUAUCCCAACAUCCUGGGAUUUCGAGGAUUGUUGCUAUUGGGAUUCCAGAUGCUCGGUUAACAGAGAUUGUAACCGCAUGUGUUCAACUAAAAAGCGGCUGGCAAUGGGUUGAUUUUGGCGCCAGUCAGUCGGCAGGAGUCGAGCAAGUCAAGUGUUUGUCGAGUGAGAUACUCAGGCAAUUUUGCAAACAAAAGAACUUAACAGGCAAGCUAUAUGUGAAAACUGAUAUGGAGAGUGAAGAGGUGAUGGUUUAUUCUGGAAAUUCAAAUGGGGGUGAUUUUGUUCUUGUCAAUGGAAAUGGGUUUGAGCAAAAGUACUGCGAAAAUGGAACUGUACAAGUGGGUAUUGAUGAAGAGGAGAAAGGGGAAAAAAUAGCCGAUGUGCUUUUGGAGGGUUUUGAGGAGUACUGGGAUGAUAUAAACGAUCGUCUGACAAUCUCACGGAUGGUCAGUGAUUCUGUUAUCAAGGGAAUGGUGACUGCGGUCGAACAGGAGGCAGCCGAAAGAGUUACUGCAAAAGAACUUGAGCUGGCCCGUUUGAAGGAGUAUCUGCAGUCUCGUGAGGUGGGUUUCGAAAAGAAUGUUGUGAAGUUGCCGUUUGGGGGGAAGUCUUUUGAAAUGGGGAAGAAUGGGAGUUUUCGUUUUAUUACUGAUGUUUGCGUGAAUCAUGAAAAGAUGAGGGAGGACUUGUUGGCCUUAAGGAAAUCGACACGCGAACAAAUUAUGAAGGCCAAGAAGGAAGUUGAGUAUGAAAGAGGAGGUAAUUCUGUGAAGAUUGUCGGCUCGGGUUCUGAUUUGGUGGGUUUAUGCGGAGUUUUACAAGGAAAUAGUUCGAUGCGUGUCGAUAAUAUGCUGGAAAGCCUGAAUGCAACAGUGGAUAGUGUUUGCUUAAAAUUGGAAGGCAUACUAUUGUCAUCCGAAGUCUCUCUUUGCAAAUCGCAACAGGAUUUAGAGUUGUUAAGGACACUCGAGGAUAUGGUGAUGCGGAGUGUAAUUUCGAGUCUUCAAAAGGAGAGCUUGUUUGGUCCAAAUGCUGUGAAUUGGCUUGAGAAGUUCAAUGAUAUAUCUGGAUUAGGCAACCGUUUGGAUGCAAUUCAGAAGUCACUCUCUUUGCACGAAACUGCACUAGUUUCACACGGUUCGCAAGAUUUGGACCAUUUGCACCACCACAAGGCAUUUUGUAAUCAUAUUACUCCAUCGACCUCGUUUUGUGAAGAAAACGGCAUGCUGGACGAAUCUAUCAUUCAUGUAGCGGAGAGUUAUGACUUUCAGCAGCUGAAGCACAUGACAAAGGAAGGAUUGGUAGAUUAUUUUAAUAACACUAUAACUGAGCUGAAGAGAGAUCACGAGUCAGUUCUAGAGCGGAAGACUGAAAAGUAUUUUAGCCUAAGACGAGAGUAUCUGAAACUGAAAGAGAGGGGUUCCCCCGUGACACACAGAAAAAACGAAGAGUUUGAUGUGCUAAGGAAGAAGAUUCCAGAAGUUAUUUCGAAGUUGGAGAAUUUUCUCCUGGAGAAUGAAAGAUUUCCUGCUCUGCUCCGAAAUUUUGAAAACGUGGAGAAAUUGAAGCUCAGGCUGGAUAGCCUUCUCCUUGAAAAUCGUCAGCUAAGGAACACUUUGAAUGAUAAGGAAAUUGAGGUGAAGUGUCUGAAAGCACAGGUUUCAAGUGCCUCUGAGGAAUUAUUGCAACGUUCUUUGGCUGAGGAGAAUAUGCUAAAGCUUGUAGAGAAUCUCAAGUCAGCUGUGGAUGAUUCACUUGUAGAGACUUCACUUACUGAAGAAGUAUAUAAGUGUGUUCUCAGAGAACAGAUUGAACAGAAAAGGUGCGACUUGGAAGAUUCAAGCAUGGAGUUUCUUAUGGCCCAUGAAAUCUGUGAUGUCAUCAUCAGAGAAGCUUGUGUUAUUCCUGCUGAAACUGCAAACGGAUAUGAUAGUGAAGAUCGAGAUAUUGGAUUGUGGAUAAGGCGAGAUUUGAGUGAGUUGAUAUUCACAGAGGCUAUCAGGGAUGCUGUAAUUCUGAUCAACAACUUGCGUAAGGAAUCUCUUAUUGAUGAACAAGUGAAGAUUUGUUUAGAAGCUGAAGCUCGUGAAAAAGAAAAUGAACUGAGACUAGAGGUUGAAGAAAAUACGAAACUAAAGCAGGAUAUACAGGAAUUGAGAACAGCACUGCAAGACAAAGUGAAGUUAGCCAUGGAUUUAUCGUUUUCAUUGUCCAAAAAGAUGGAGGAGUUUGAGCUGGCUUCUAGAGAGCUUAGUGGCUUAAGAGAACAUGCAAGUCGUCAGGAGGCAUUGGCUACCGAGAGCAACAGGGACAUAGAAUUGUUGAAAUCUCAAUGCUUAGAAGCUGUAGAGCAGAUUGAAGAAAAUAAACUGGGAAAGUUCAAGCUUCAGCAAGAGCUGGACCAGACCAAAGAGGUUUUAACAGAAACGAACAGAAGAUUAUUGACUCUAACCCAAGAAGCACACGAUAGGUUGCUAUUAGAUGAAUCUAGAGAGGAGAAACUGAAAAAUGAAAUGGAAUUGUCUGUGAGUGGACUGUUAAACAAGUUUGAAGAUUUCAAAUGGAGAAUAUCAGGGGCAAUCAGUAAGAUAGGUUUAAGGCUUAAAGAUGGUAAUUCUCACUUGGAAGCUCUUAACAAGAUGGCCAAUGAUCUCAGAAGAAGCGAGCUAAUAUACAAGCAGAAACUGGAUUUAAAAAGUGCUAAUCUCCAGAAGGCUGAGACUGAGGUUGAUGUUUUAGGAGAUGAGGUUGAUGCUCUAUUGAGAUUGCUUCAUAAAAUAUACAUUGCCCUCGAUCAUUAUUCUCCAGUAUUAAAGCAUUAUCCUGGGUUUAAGAUUAAAUUCAUGAAAGAAGCUUGCCUUCUCAUAUCUUCAUUUGUUUUCUUCUCCAAGAAACCAUAUCAAUUCCAAUCAGGGCAAAGCAUAUCGGUUUCAGUUACUGCUAAGGAAAGAAAGUCCCCUCAACUUCUCAAAGGCUCAAACCCUAAUCGCCCAAACUCCACAAAAAAUCGCCUCAGUCCUCCGCCCGUUCGCUGCCAUCCGCCCUCGCCGUGUGCCUCCGUCGUGCACUCAGUCUCCGCCGCCACCAUCUCUCAGUCUCUCAAUUGCGCCGUCCCUUUGCCAUUUCGAAAGGUUCAUCUCGACGGAUUUCAGACGUGCCUUGGUCGCACCGCACCAUCCGCCCUCCCCGAUCACCAUGGGGUUGGUGUUUUGUAUCUGUUGAUGAUGGCACCGCGAAGAAGAGGUGCACAUAGUUCGGGUCCACAACCAAAUACCGUGCACAAGUUGAACGUCGUUAAAGUGGGCCUGCUUCGUUUAUUGUAG